AUGUUAUCUCUGAAACUACGGUAUUGGUUAGAUCUUGGCGGUCGUGAUAACUAUGAUGUAGCAUGGCUUCGAAAGAUCGAUGAUAACAGCACAUUAGAAGAAAUUUUAAUAAAUAUCAAGAAAUGUGAUACGUCAGAAGCGUCUGCAGGGUCAAUUCCAAGCGAGAAUCUAUUUUCAAUCAAAGCUAUUAUAUCUAAGAUGAAAUUACUUAUCGAAGGAAAGUUUAUCGACAUAUGGAAAAGAAACGAGUACCAGAAAUUGAUCUGUUUAGUAUCAAAGCUAUGUCUGUGCCCUGAUAUCAACCAAGAAACCGCCGGUGAACUUUACACGAACGAAUUUUAUGGUCAAAGCGUACCUGAUCAUAUCAUUAACCUUGAUAAUGUCUCGUUAGAUGUGUAUGCGGAUUCCGACUCGGAGGAUGACCCUAGGUGUCAAGAACCUGAAGAAAUUGUUAAUGAAACGCCAAAGAAAGUAAAACCCCCCAGGAAAACAAGAAUCAAGUCGCGUAAAUUAUUGGCGAGUAACUUGACACCCCAAAGUCACAAGGAAAAACAUAUGAAGGCUCAUUCAACUAAGAAAACAUAUCCAAAUUCGGAAGUAAAAGAUUUACAACAAGUGCUUGAGGCGGUAAAUUCUUGCAACAAAAGAAUAGAUAACUUGGAAACCAUUACUGCCAAUCUGGACAAAAAUUUGACUAAUUCUGUUUUUGACUGUAAAGUUGUGAACAAUAUGGUGUGUGAAUUGAAAAGCGAGUUAUUCACAUCACUCGACAGCAAAUUGAAGCACCAACUAUCAGUAAUGCGAGAAGACCAAAAUAGUUUCAAAAAUGAAAUGGAAGAGAAAUUAAAAAAAGCAGAAACAGAAGUGAAACGGCUCCAAGGUCGGGUCGGGUCACUUGUGGAAGAGAAAACCAAUCUGUUGAAGCGGAUAAAAAGCUUAGAAAUUGACAAUAAAACAUUUAAAGACGAAGUAAGUUCGCUAAAUACAGCUAUAAAAGUAAACUAUAAUGAUGAUAUCAACACAAAUCCAACGUUAAUACAGUGUGAAAAUUCAGUUGUUGAUUCAACCAAAGAAGCUAAUCCAGACGCUGCUGCUAAUAAUUCUCCCAAUAUCACUGCUGCCGAAAACCCUGACACCGAAACUCCCAACGUUAAAAUUCCGGACAAUGGAAAUGCUACCAAUCAUGACGAAUAUGACUUUGUCAUGUUAUGUGACUCGAACAGGAAAUUCUUAAACAUAAGUAAGCUGUGUUCGAGUAGACAUAGCAAAAUCAUUCCCUGUAAUACAACAAAAAAGGCCAAAGAAAUUCUAGAGUCUCCCAGAUUUGAUGUCAAAAAAGGAAUCAUCAUAAACACUGGAGUCAAUGACCUUGAGAACCUAUCUGCAGGAGAGAUUGUAAAAUCCCAAGUUCAAAUGGCAAAUAUGGCGGCAAAAAGAUUUCCGGGAAGACAAAUUUUUCUAUGUGGUAUCACCCCAAGAGGAGAUGAGUUAGAUAGAAAAAUCCCUGACAUUAAUGAUGACAUUGAUGAGGAGAUCAAAGAUAUCCCCAAUGUUAGCCACGUAUAUAAUGGGAAUCUACGUAAUGGCAAACUGUACUUUGAUGUCAAACAUUUGAAUAGAAGAUUUGGUAUCCCCGCUUUGGCAAAGAACAUCAAGAAUGAGUUGCGUAAGAUUUUCGGGGGUAACAGAAAGGAAAACACCAGCACCCAACAAAAGAGUGUACCUAGCAAUCAAAACCAGGAGGGAAGUCACCACAGUAAUGCAGGUCAAGUUCAAAACUUCGAUAAGGAGUUGGGGAGGAGUCCGCAGGAAGAUACACAGAAUGCAGUAUUUCUACCAACGAUGACUGGCAUUCAGGAUGAACUUAAACAGGUAUCAAACUUAUUGAACCAGUUAAUUCAUAGCAACAUUAGUACGAACCAUCAGCGGAUGCAAUACCAACGGGUAAUGUAUCCACAAGUUACUAUUCCUCCUCAAUUUACCAAUAAUUAUAGAUUUAUUUAG